AUGGAAGUGUCAGAGGAGGAGGAGGAUCUUGACUCCACCGUCGAACUUGGAAAGUACGCCGUCAUCUAUCUGAUAUUCCCCAGCAAGCAGAAGGAAGGUGUCCUGCAGAGCUUCAACGAGCUGCACCAGGUCUCGAUGAAGCAGGGCCAAACUGUUGUCAUCCAAGCCACGAACGAGUGGGACGAGAUUGCACUGGAGAUGAGUCCGAAAAGCAUUCUCAUUGAGUUAUCUGCAAAGGGCGUUGGAGCACUUGCCAGAGGGUUGUUCAUUGAUGCACAGGUUGGCAAGGCAAUGAUCAAGGCGAAGAGGUAG